GCGGAAGAUAGAGGUGCUGACUGGAAGAACAUUUUUAUUUGAGGUGGAGAGAAAAAAAUUGAAAUGAGGAAGAACAUAGCUUUACAAGUGCAUAAAAUGAGAGAGAUGCAAAGAGGUGCAGAAACAGGAAAUGCAUUAUUGUGUAAGGGGUAAUAUUUGUUUACAUUAAUAAAGGUGGUAUGUGUAGAGAGAGAGAUCACAGAAAGAGUUGUACAAACAGCGUUUUACAGAACAUUAUAAAUAACCAGAUCCAGAGACCCCAACCUGGAGAGAAUCUGUGAACACCAGAACACAACAAGAUGAGGAUCCUGCUGAUAUUCACCCUGCUGGCCUUCAUGACAGGUUGUGUGAGCUCCUUCAUAGUGCCUGGAUACUCUGGAGGAACUGUCAUCAUCUACUGUCAUUAUAACAGAGGAGAGGAAAGAAACUGGAAAUAUUUCUGUGUGAGAAAGACCACUUUGAGUUGUAAGGACCAAAUAAGAUCAGGUAGUCAGAACACCUGGGAACACAGAGGUAGAUUCUCUCUGUAUGACGACACUGAGGGAAACUACUUCAUGGUGGUCAUCAGACAACUGACCAGACAAGAUGAAGGAAUCUACUGGUGUGGAGUGGACAUAUCUGUUAUACCUGAUAGAUAUACAAAGGUGGAGCUGGAAGUAAAGGAAGAUGAAUGCUGUAAUAAGUCAGUCACAGAAACAGUCCAUCUGGGAGGAGAAGUUAACAUCGUCUGUAACUAUCCAGAGAAACAGGAGAACAGCAACAAGUAUUUCUGCAAGGAAGAUAAUGACUCCAAGACAUGUGAUUAUAGGAUCUCUGAUGAAAUUCACUCUUCUCCUAAAAAUGGAAAAUACUCUCUGGGUUUUUAUAAUAAAAAGGUAGAGAAAAGCUUCACAGUGACCAUCAGUAACCUGACUGAAGAUGAUACUGGGACAUACUGGUGUGGAGUAGAAAACAGGGCUGAAGUAGAAACCUGGAGAGAAGACAAUUACAUUUCACUGAUUACUGAGGUACAUCUCAAUGUGACUGUGUCGGCCACCAAAACAACAACAAAAACAACACCAACAACAACCUCAACCAACUCAUCAUCAUCACCACCAUCGGUUCACAGACAUGAUACUCCACUGGUCCUCUUGGUCCGUGUGUGUCUGGUUGUGUUUCUGCAGCUGAUCAGUCUGCUAAUAGUCUACAGAUGGAAACAUAAGACAACUGCAAAGACGAUGAAAUCCAGCACUGGGAUUAAUGGAGAGGGUCGUCAUGGUGAUGGUGACAGUGAAGAGAUAAAGGAGCACCCCCUACAGUUAGAAAGAGGAAGUACGACUGCCACCAUCUACACCACUGCUGAAUUUCCCAGAAACCCCUCUGACUCUCUCCACGAUGCCAGUGUCACCUUCCACAAGGACCCCAGCUGCCCCAAUGAAGCCACCACCACCAUCAGUAAAGAGGACACUUCCUCCUGUGACUAUGCUACUGUAAAUGUUGUUCAAAACUCCACCUACUCUACUGUCAAUCAUCCACACAGCUCCUCUGAGGCUCCUCCCAUCUACUCCAUAGUCAACAAACCCAGAAACACCUGAUUUUCAGAGUCCCUCAGCCCCCUGCUAACGUUAGUGACCAUAUGAUUUGCACUAGCUAGCAAGCUAAAUUCUUUGCCUACAACAUUUGGAUGACCCUUAACGUCUUACAGAGAUGUCAGCGAAUUUACUUCAGCUAACUAACUUUAGCUAACUAAAGGUUAACUCGUCAGUUUCUCAGGAAUGUUCCACUGAAAGUGGCCAGACGUUUAUAAACUUACCCUAAAGCAAUGUAUGAUUCAACAUACAUACUAUAUAUAUUAAUAUAUUUUUUUCUUUAAACCUGGGCACUGGCCACAGAAGAAGCUAGGUGACAGUAAACUCAACGCAGCUUCGAAGUUGUCGGACAGACGGUAGUUUCUUAAAUACAGUGCCAAUGCAUUGUCCACAUUGAGAGCACCCUAACGUGACUUUGGAAUGGGAUUUCACCCUAACGUGACUUUGGAAUGGGAUUUCACCCUAACGUGACUUUGGAAUGGGAUUUCACCCUAACAUGACAUAUAUAAUGGGUGAUACAUAUAAAUGUAUAUACAGCUCCGGAAGAAAUUAAGAGACC